AUGUCCGAGUUUCCGGUCACGAAUGGCACCGUGACCCUCUUGAAGCCGCCGGAUGGCUACGUGGUCGACUUCGACCACCCGCAGCAGCAGCUCGUGCUGGAACACUACUUGGUGUUCGGAAUCGGCGGUCCGAUCGCACUCAUCGCGUUGCUACAGAGACUCUACACAAAGAUAUGGCUGUCAAACGGCUUCCAGGUGGACGAUGCAUUUAUGUGUCUUUCUUGGAUGGCAUCUGUGACUAUUCAGGCGGCAUACGUCGGUUCGAUAGCUGCUGGCGGCAUGUGUGCUCACGCAUGGGAGAUGCAAUUAUCGCGCUUCCAAACAUACUUCGCGAUAACCUACGUCGCUGGCCCUCUAUUCGUGCUUUGUAAUGGAUUCGCCAAAUUGUCGCUUCUCGUACUCUACCUUCAACUUUCUCCGCAGAAAAAGUAUCGUGCUGCAGUCUGGGCCUCGAUAUUAUUCGUUGCCACCACCACGGCGGGUGUCGCAUUCGUCAUGAUCGUUCGGUGCCAACCCAUACGAAAGGGGUUUGAUAUCAAGAUAUCUGGGGGCACCUGUAUCGACGCCGAUCCGCUCUACAUGUCGAACUCCAUCGCAAAUAUUGUCACCGACAUUAUGCUGUUCGUUUUGCCGAUCCCGAUGAUAUGCAGUCUCCGGAUGGGAAUGGCCCAGAAGAUGGGGGCCAUGGGUAUGUUUGCAGUUGGAUCCAUGACGAUAUCGACUUCCAUCAUCAAAUUAGUGCUCCUGCCACAACUUCUCAGAAGCAGCGACCCGUCGUGGGAUAGUGCUCCCGCUAACGUUUGGAGCUUUGUCGAAACAAACCUCUUCAUCAUCUGCGGCUCCAUGCCGACGCUGAGAAAGUUCUUCCAGCACUUCACCCCUAGACUGUUACUGCGGAGCGACACUUCCUCCAUCUCUACCCGGAAACCGUACUUGAUUCACGGAAGUGGCAAUGGUGCCAGAAUCCCCUCCUCUUUCCCGGCAAAGACCGAUUAUUCCAAAGAGUCUGGUAUAGGCUCGUAUGAGCCACGGAUGAAAUACAACAUUCCAAAGCAGAGUUAUUAG